UCUAACUAUUUGCAUGAACUGUUUUCUGCAAGCCUCUCCUAGAGUGCAUAGUGUACCUCCCUGCCUAUGCCAGCGAGUACCACAGAAAGUGAGUGGGGGAGCUGACGGGAGGGAAAGCAUUUUGCUUCGAACGAAAGGAAAAUUACCAGCCGGACGCAUCGACUGACAGCCUUCGCAGGCUCUACGUUGCAAACCCUUGCACCGCAGCAAGAAUGGAGCUGCCCGCCGCAGGAGAACACGUCUUUGCGGUGGAGAGCAUCGAAAAGAAGCGGAUUAGAAAGGGUAGAAUACAAUACCUGGUCAAGUGGAGGGGUUGGUCUCCUAAAUACAACACGUGGGAACCAGAAGAAAACAUCCUCGACCCGCGACUUCUUGUCGCUUUCCAAAACAGGGAAAGGCAGGAACAGCUGCUGGGGUAUCGCAAACGAGGGCCCAAACCUAAACACCUUUUACUCCAGGUCCCCUCUUUCGCCCGAAGAUCCAGCAUCCUCUCUGGGCUUCAGGACGCAUCCUUGGAUGAGGACAAUCGACCUAAAUCUGACCCAGUCCAGUUGCACCGAUCCCAGACACAGCAGUACCAGCUCAACAGCAAGAAACACCACCAGUAUCAGCCCAACUGCAAGGAGAGCCAGGUGGAACAGCAAGUGAACGGAAAGAAGAAAUAUUACUAUCAGCUGAAUAGCAAAAAGCACCAUCACUAUCAGCCAGACCCUAAGAUGUAUGACAUACAGUAUCAGAGGGCGAGAGAAGGGAAAGGUCAAGAGCCCACCAAUCAGGGAUGGAAUCUGCCACCUGCUCUGCAACAUAAAUGGGUCUGUGAUAAAGACUCUGGUUGCUUGAGCAAAGUGAAAGAUCUCUCCAUGGAACUGAAAAAGCUGCCAACUCACCUCAAUGGUAGUGAACCGGCUGUCAGCUCAGACACCAAGGAAUCUGUCCACCCCAAUGGAGUCAGCAGUAAAAUGAAGAUUGUAAAGAACAAAAACAAAAAUGGCCGGAUUGUCAUUGUUAUGAGCAAAUAUAUGGAGAAUGGCAUGCAGUCAGCAAAGAUUAAGAAUGGGGACUCUGACAAGGCCGAUAAACCACAGCAGGCAAAACUGUCUGUAGACAACAGCACAGAGACCCUCACUGAUACAAUGAAGCUUGCAAAGAGACAAGUCCAGGAGGGUGGACCUGCAAAAGACAGUGAAUGUGGCUUGCAGACUCCUGGUCCUGCACUAAAUGGCAGACAGUUCUCUAAAGAGAAUGGAGCCUUUCACAAGGCAGAGUCAACUGUAAUGGAACAGAGCCAAAUAGAAGAGGCUAGGCAUCAGACGGAAUUGUCAGAGGAUCAACCCCUUCAGCUGACCACCAAACCCAACCUGACUCCCUGGCCCUUUGAGAUGGGUGUCCUGUCCCGGGUGGAUCAGAGAAGGAACCACCUGGCCCCAAAUGGAGCCCCUCCCCUCAAGCGCAACCUCUCUGCACCAGAAGAGGACAGGAGGGACUGCAAAAAGUUCCUGAGCUCCAGAAGCAUCAGCACCCCCAGCGGUUUUCCCUCCCUACCCCAGGACAGCCCCUUGGCACUCAGUGUCAACAGCUCACACCUUAGCAAUGGGCAGGAUUAUGAUUUUCUGGACUCCAAUCCAGAGGAGCCCAUUGACCUCAGCUGUGUAAAACCCAGGGUUUCACUGGCAAAGACCCAGAAACCUGCAGAGCAGAAAGAGUCUCUGGUGACACCAGAACAGACAGAGGAAUCUCUUCCUUGUUUUAAGCCUUUUCUGGGGAACAUUAUAAUCACUGACGUUACCGCCAACUGUCUCACUGUGACAUUUAAGGAAUAUGUCACUGUUUAACAAGCUGACUCCGGAGGAAACGAAAACUACUGACUUCUGUGUGUUUGUCGUUGCAGUGUCAGAUACAAAGGAGUGCCCGCAUUGUUUGCGUUCAGCAUUGUAUAAAUGAAUUCAAAUGAAAUUCCUACUCUAUGCUACACACUGUAAUUGUAUAAGUUUGGCUAUUAUUACAUAGACAAAUAUGUUGAACUAUAGUAGCCAGAGGUAGCCUGUUAGGCCUGAUAACUAUUGUUUGUAAUUAGUCAAUGUGAUGCUGGGUGGGAGGUGCUGAGUGUCAGUGCAUAUUUCUGCUCAGAAUAAAAAGCACUUACAGGUGUACAUACUUUUUUUGUACAUGGAAUUUUGAUAUGGUAUCCAUUUACUUUAAAUACUGUCAAUACUUUACAAUUCAUGUUUUGAGAUCAUUCAGAUCAAAUGAGUGUAGAUUAUGCAUAUUGUAUUGUGUCAUUUCAUCUUCUCUAAAAGGGGACAAUACGAUUAUAUUACAUAUAUUCAGUAUGUUUGUGUCUGAAAUAGGCCAAUACUGAAGUGAUAGCUACACCACUGGGUGCCAUUGUGUUUUGUCAGCAAAUUUUUAAUGUUUUUUUUUUUUCUUCAUGAUGUCAAGACCUCAGAAAGAGGUCCGUGAACCUGGUCAAAUGUUUAAUCCCCAUAAAUGAAGGACCUAUGUUUCAAAGUGUAAUUUGCACUAUUCUGUUUAGGGUUGUGGAGUCUUACGUGAAAUCAAACUGUUAGCGGAGGGUGAUUAUUAAAGUUGAUUGUCCAUCUCAAGUACAUGAUGAUAGAGGGAUCUGCACUGGCCAGACCCCAUGUGUAUCUGAUCACUCCUGUAACAGUGUGGUAUUUUCCCCAGAUAGACCAUCCCUCAUCAGUUUUGUUUUGACAUCAAAUCAUACAUUUCUGAUCAUUUUAAGACUAAGCUAUACCUGGGUAUUCAACAUGUAUUCUUCUUU